AUGGCCUUUGUAAUGCGAGCUCACGUGAACAAUACAAUUCAGAUCUCCAAUAUUCUUCUGUGCAAUGUAACUCAGAGAGUAUCAUUCUGGUUUGUGGUGACGACCCCUUCAAACAGUUCAAAACCCAUUGACAGCACAAAAGUGAAAAAUGCUAUAAGGCUUGAAAGGAACAGGAUAAACAGCGCUUUUCUGUUAAAUGACAACACUUUAGAGUUUGUUGAUAUACCCCCUACAAUUGCUCCAGUAGCCAGUUCUUCUAAUCAGUCUUGGAUUAUCGUGUUUGGGGUGGUGGUUGGCAUUCUAGGACUGGCAAGCAUUCUCCUCACAAUCUCAGGAGUAAAGCGAUAUAGGUAA